AUGGAGAUUAGCCGGCUGGGGGAUUUUUUAGAACGUGGGGCAAAUUGUUUGAUUAUGAAACUUUUGAUCAAAAAGCAUUAUAAUCAUGAGGCGUUUAAGCAGACAAUGAGGAAAGUUUGGCGUCUAGUUAAGGGUGUGAAAUUUCGUGAUCUCAAUUCUGAGUUUAUGUCGGUUGAGUUUGAUGAUACGAGGGAUAAACUCAAGGUUAUGCGUGAGGGUCCGUGGUCGUUCGAUAAGCAUCUGGUUUUGUUGAAGGAAUUCGAUGGUAGGUUGCAGAUUGGUAAGAUAGAACUGGUGCAUGCUCCUUUUUGGGUCCGUUUACACGAUUUACCGUUAAUGGCCCGUAAUGAGUAUAUCGGGAGGUUAGUUGGGGGUGCGUUGGGGGAGGUUUUGGAAGUAGAUUUAGACAACGGUGAGAUGGAGUGGGGCGAAUAUAUGAGAGUCAGGGUUCUCAUCAACAUUUCCAAACUGCUUUUACGUCAGAAGCGUAUGAUUGUGGAGGAGGGGGUGUCCUGUUGGGUGAGGUUCUCUUAUGAACGGCUACCGGAUUUAUGUUUUCACUGUGGUAUUCUGGGUCAUUCUUUAAAGGAAUGUGAGGAUAUUGAUGCAAAUCAAGUCGAUUCCCAGAGGCUUCCAUAUGGUCCAUGGCUACGAGUAGGAUUUCUAUCUUCUCGCAGGGGCGGAGGACGUGCUACUACACUGGCUGCUACGGCUACAGCAGAGGCGGCUACGGUUGCUCCGGUUGAGACUGGUUCACGGAAGGUUGGUAACGGAAAGGGUAGUGGAGGUCUGUCCGUUACGGAUCCAGUGGGGGAGAAAAAUCCAGAAUUUGAAGGGGCCGAAAUUUCUGCAAACACAGGAUCUUCAUCUGAUCCGACUGUUACACCGUCUGCGUUGAAUGAGGGGGUUGCUGUUUUGGAAUCACCCGUGGAUGUAGGAGGCUCAAAUAAGGAAGUGGUUGAAACGGUGGAUUUAAAUGUCGUUCAAGAGAAUCAAGUGGAGGAUGGGCUUAUGGAUGUUCCGGUGUUGGGGGCCCCUCUUAUGUUUGUGGGCUUUGAUUCUGGCCCAUCGGGCAACAAAGGUUCAAAACUUGUUGGUGGGUCUGGCACCCGAAGCAAUGCUCAAAGGAGAAGGGGGCAGAGAAUCGGUUCUAGGGCAUUGCAGAAGAUUCAGACCGAGCCGCAUGAAGGCAGUUCGGUGUCUGGUGUUGAGGCAACUUCCGUCCUUCAGUCCGAAGGGUUUUUCGUUUCAAACUAUGGCAAGAAACGGAAGGCUAUUCCGAUUGUGGAGGCUGAUGCUAAACGAGGUAAACUUUCUUCUACUUCCUCUAUUUCGGUGGAGCUGCUUAAAGAAGGAACGGCGAUGGCUGAUGAUCAACCCCGCCGAGUCCAAUGA